GGGCUCACUUAUGAUAUUACUGACCCUUUGACUCACAGGCUGCAGCGUAUUUUGUGCUAGAAAUUUACGAGCCUCUUUUCACCAUGGCACUCAAGCCAGAUUUCCUAGAUGAGGAUGCUGUCAUUCUCGAGUUGAUUCCUGGAUUUCCCUCCCAGGAGUUUGACGGCACUUCUGCAUUUCAAAACAACGCGGACAUCCUUGACAUAUUGCAUCACAAUGUGAGCAAGAGGUUCCUCGAUUUUAUCAAGCGUACAUCACCGGAGAUUCGUACAAAUAUUCUUGCUCAAAUACCAACCAGGAGAGUGGCAGAACACAACGAUCUAAACUCAGAUGGGCAUUUCAAGAAAAGUCCCCAUCGUAUGCAAGAUUACUCUACUCUCUAUGGUAAUCUACAGUUUUCACCUAUCAAGUACUCCAUUCAGGUCACCAGCAAAGGCAGUUUCAACGAGGGCAAACGUCUUAAAACUCGAGAUGCGCAGCGAAGACAAGAAAAAAAACAAUGGGCAUCGUUUAUGUCGAGAACGACUAUCCAACUAGCUUUGCCCGGUCUUAUGUCGUCAAGAGGAGCGAAUCUUCAUGCUGUGUAUUGGGAAAGAUUGAGACAGUUGUUAAUGACGCAAUGCUUGUGCUAUGAAACUACAGAUGAUGUGCCGGAUCAUUUGGGCAUUCGGGAAAUGUUUGCUAUGGAGGAAUAGUAGCUAGCGUAUGGAAUGUUGGGAUUCAGUCAAGGGCGUUUCUGUGUUUGGAUAGUAGAAGUUAAGAUAUUGGGAUAUAUCCCUCAUUGGACAAUCACUUUUCUAUCGACAUAGCUGAUUCAUCAAUUGCAAUCAACCGCACUACACA